UCUGCCCUGGACCUCGGGGCAUGCCUGGUAGAGGCCGGGAUGAGAAAAAGCCGGGCGCCCCGGGUGGCCCUGGCCACUUGCCUGGCCUCCUUGCUCCUGGUCCUCUUCUACCUCCAGAGCAGCCCCGACCCAGCUGUAGAAGACAGGACUUUGAAGACCGUCUGGCAUGGGAAGUCUGGCCGAAAUCCACUCCAGACGCUAUACAAUAGUGACCAGGUCGAGCAGUCUUCCUUACAAUCUACUCACCAGCGGAGGCGAGAACUGCUGAGUAGCAUGUGCAGCCGUUACACUCGCAAGCGUCGCCUCCUGACUCCCGAUGACUUGCGCCACCUGGUCGUUGAUGACACCCACGGACUGCUCUACUGCUACGUCCCCAAGGUGGCUUGCACUAACUGGAAGCGAGUCAUGAUGGUGUUGACAGGGCAGGGCAAGUAUCAGGACCCUCUGGACAUCCCAGCCAAUGAGGCACAUGUGUCAUCCAACUUGCACACCCUCUCUGAGUACAGCAUCCCAGAGAUCAACUACCGCUUGCGAAACUACCUCAAGUUCAUCUUUGUUCGGGAGCCUCUCGAGCGGCUGGUCUCAGCUUACCGCAACAAGUUCACCCGCAAUUACAACACAGCAUUCCACAAACGCUAUGGAACAAAGAUCAUCCGGCGACACCGGCGGGAUCCCACAGAAGAGGCCCUGGAACGUGGUCACGAUGUGCAUUUUGAGGAAUUUGUUUACUACUUGCUGGAUCCACGGACACAACAUGAGGAGCCUUUCAAUGAGCAUUGGGAGCGAGUGCAUUCCUUAUGCCACCCCUGCAUCAUCCACUAUGAUGUAGUGGGCAAGUAUGAGACAUUGGCCAAGGAUGCCAAUUACAUCCUGCGACUGAUUGGGGCUGAUGCAGGCAUCAAGUUCCCAUCCUCCUCCAAGACCACCAGGACCAAUGACGACAUGACGGCUAAGUUCUUCCAGAAUAUCAGCCCCUUCUACCAAAGGAGAUUAUUUAAUUUAUACAAAAUGGAUUACUUGCUUUUCAAUUACACCAUUCCUUCUUAUUUACAUAUCCGAUGAGAUUGACUCUUCCUUCUCUCCUAUUCUUGCUGUGAUUAACAGUUUAGUGGGAACCAUGUUUUAACAAUGCGGCCACAGUUCGAUCUCUUCCCUCUCCCCUAUUUCACUUGAAGGAAUAUACCGAUAUCCACCUGUCACUUAACCAAAGAUAAUUGUUUUUAGAAAGUAGCAGAAUUGAGAUACGGAAAUUGUGGCCCUUUGUUAGGAGAUGGAAGACUCAAACUAGAACAUUCAGAGAAGCAAUAAUAUGUGUCUGUAUUGUUAUGUGUUUACUUAACAUUCCCACAAGCUUUUCUCUGCUUCAUGUAUUGAAGUAGGGAGAAUGUGAACCAGAAGUGUCUUAUUGAGAACAGUGUCUUAGUCUGAACUGGAAUUUUCUAUGAGAUGCAGCCUAUUUCAUCUCAAAUAGUCUUCCCUUCUCAGCUGCCCUUUGGCUUAACCAGCUGUUUUGUACACCAAAAUCUGUUUGAGGAAACUCAGAGGACUAAAGCAGAAACUGUACUGGAGCACUAUAUUCUUCCCUUGGGAUAUGUUUGUAAGAGUGGAUGGAUGUGCAUGUCCACUUGUGUAUGUGAGUACCAUGACUCGAAGUACAAAUUAAUGACUUUUCUCAAAUAUUAAAAAGCAUGUCCACACAUGGCCAUGUCAAGGAGUGGUUUUCUCCUUUUCUAGAACAAUGUGAACCUAGCCAAAUUAAGUGUUGGUUCCAUGUUCUUCACUUUAAACAUAGAAAGGAAACCAUUUUUAAAAGACAUAGUAUGAGAUGGCCAGAAAUAUUCUGCUUUAUAAGGAAGGGCUUGCUGUGUAAUAAUUUAAAUUUGAGCAUUUUGAGUCCCACUCCCUCUAGCUCUAAAGAAGGCACGACUGUCCCAUCAUGUCUCUCAGUAAGGGAAAAAUACAGGUCUCCUACAUGUUGUUUGUUCUUUUUGAUAAAUAUUAGCUCUCAGUUUGUCAGUUUCUCUCGUGUGCCUGCCAAGAAUGCCCAUAGGAAGAAUGUUUGCCAUCUUCUGGUAUCCGGUAAGCCUCACAUGCUCUUUUUCAAUCUCUUCUCUUUUGUGGGAGGUGGCGCUCCAGAUAUUAUUGAACUGCAGCCCCCAUAGUCCCUCACUAGUGGUUGUGCAAGGUAGGCCUGGUGGAAGGUACAAACCUCUGGCCAAAUGUUUCCUACUUCUGCUUUAAGGAGCAAACUGGCUCUCUUCUUUUCCAUUUAGGUUUGGAAUACAAUAAAGAUUCAGGUGUUUAAUUGUGAAAUAGGGCCUGGUAGACAACUGUGCUGUUCGAAUUGUUAGCUACUAGGGUGCGGGCUGCUAAUUAUUCCAGAAUAAACACAUGACUGUACAUUCAGGUUGUGCCAAAUGCUCCUGUGUGAACAUUUUUAGUGAAAAUGUCUUGUUUUGGAAGUGUGAGCAUUCUCCAUUAAUACAGUUCUCCAGAACCCAGAAUAAAGCAUCUUAAAAUGUUGAUUAUUAUGGAAGUGUUCUAUCUUUAUGACUACACAUGCACACACAUAUUUUCUUCAGUUGCAUAGUUUUCCUUUUCCUCCUUCACUAUAAAUAAUCCCCAUCAACUGGAGACCAUGUAGUAAAAAUGGCAUUACAAUGCUGUGUAACUAACCAUUCUUUAACUAGUUAUGACAUCAAGAAUUGUACCCUGCACAAGAGCUGUUGCUUCUGGGGACCAUACACUUUCUCCUUAAGUUACAGCUUUCCCACAAAAAAUCACAAAAGAGAUUGCUUUUCAUCUGGGGAGAGACCUUUUUAAAAUGGUAUUUAUCCCAGCCCUGCUAAAAGUGUUUCAUUAGAUUACUCCAUUCACUGUUUUAUUUUCUGCACACAAACACAUAACAACUAUCCCCUUGGUGAUCCCCACAUGUUGAUUCUUUCUGUAGCUUUGAGCUUCUUAUUAUUAUUCUAGCUUAAUGUGCCUAUCUCUGACUAAAACGCCACCUAUUAUUUGAAACUCCACCUAUUAUUUGAAAGGAUUUGCUCUGAAACUAAGGAGCCACUGGUCCAGUUUAGGACCUCUCAACCCACAAGGGGAAAGGUCCUAACUGUAUUCUUGCAAGUUGCAUCUAAACUGGGACAGGAUGUUUGCCCCAGCCUUAGGGAAGACUUGGAAAGAGUUGGCUCAAUUAUAAUUCUCAUUCUAAAUGUGAAUUUUGUUCAAAACAAUUAGUUGGGUAGCAAACAGAGAACUGAUUAUUGGUAAGUUUUGUUUUGUCUCUAUUUUAUCUGAGGAGUCUUGUGUGUGCGUAUGUGCUUUUAGGUUACCUGUAGGCCCAUGAAUUCCUUUGAGGUUUUUUUGGCAUGGAAUACUCAGUAGUUUUGCCAGUUCCUUCCUCUGAAAUAUAGCCUACAGCACUUAGAAUCAUAGAAUCAUAGAGUUGGAAGAGGCCUCAUGGGCCAUCCAGUCCAACCCCCUGCCAAGAAAUACCUCUAAGGUAUUUAGGUCUAUCUUAUCUUAAAUUUUGACUAUGUCAUAGACCAUUCAGUUUCCCCUUCCCAAAGAAGUUGUUUUCUUUUCAGGGACUAGGCUCACCCCCCAGAGUGUCAGUUUGGUGUAGAAAAGGAAAGAUAGGAAACCUUACUGAGUAAUUAUGUAAAUUGUAGAAGAGGGGGUUGUGGAUGUAGGUGGACAUUUUGCCAGGAUGCAGAAACAGGACGGAAAGAGAGAACUGAAUCUGAGUAAAUAAACUAGCAUGUCCUUGUUAGUUUGCCUAGCUCUGGAGCAUUUGUACUUGAAGAGAUGGUUCAAGAACUGUACAUUUGAUUCUGUCCUCAUGAACCAUUUGCUUAAAUAAAAAGGCAUUUUGUCUC